AUGCGGGGAGCUGAAUGUAUGGAGGAGCUUCGUCCUAUUUCAUGUUUCAAUCUUGUGUAUAAGUGUAUCUCGAAGACCUUAGUUGAGAGAUUGCGGUUGGGGUUGCCUGAUUUCAUCAGUGGUAAUCAGUCUGCGUUUGUUCCGGGUACGCCCCUUCAGAAGGGGUUGAGGCAGGAGAAUCCGUUGUCUCCUUUUUCGUUUGUGAUGGUGAUGGAGAUCUUGUCUAGGUUGUUGAAUAAACCUCCUGUGUGGUUUAGGUUCCAUGAUCAGUGUGAGCGCUUGAGCCUAACUCAUUUGGUUUUUGUAUACGAUUUGAUGAUUUUCUGUGCAGUUGAGAGAGAUUCUUUGGAGUUUGUGAGGCAAGUAUUGACAGAGUUUGCAGAGCUGUCUGAGUUAGUCGCAAAUAUUGGGAAGAGUUCCAUGUUUGUUGCGGGUGUGAAGUCUGGGGAGGCGGAGGAACUAGCUGCGUAUAUGGGUGUCUCUCUUGGUUCGUUGCCUGUUAGGUAUUUGGGUUUACUUUUAUUGGCGGGUCGGUUGAGGGCUGUGGAUUGUGCACCUUUGAUACAGAGGAUUACAACUCAUAUUAGAAACUGGGCAGCAAGGUCCCUCUCCUUUGCUGGGAGGUUGCAGCUUGUUAGCUCUGUUUUACAGUCCUUUCAGGUUUUUUGGUGUAGCAUAUUCGUGUUGCCUGCGUGUGUAACUCAUGAGGUUGAUCGUCUGUUACGUAGUUAUUUAUGGAAAUGUGGUGUGGUGAGUCGGGGUAGUACACGGGUGGCGUGGGAUGAGGUGUGCUUGCCAUUAGGAGAGGGGGGGUUGAGUGUAAAGCAUAUGGCCUCUUAG